AUGGAAGCGAAGAAACUCCUCAAGGACAAGAAAUUAUGGUUUGCUUCUUUCUUGAUUGCCUGGGCUGCUGCUCUUCAGCACUCUGGUGUUGUUGCAAAGGUACUAGAACUCACUGAGACUAGUUCUAGAUUUCAUCUUUUAUAUCCCAAUUAUUCAAAUCCUUGGAAAAUGGUCUCUGACUCUACAGUGCUGGAAGUGAUAAGAGCCAGAGGUGUGGUGGAACUGUGGAAAGCCAGAGUGCUUGCGAAGAACCCUGUACAACGAGAAAUGCUUCAUGAAUGCAAGCCCCCUUGUUUCUACCGUGACAAUUUGAUUCAUGGGGCACCUGCAAACCCAAGGCGGCAUGCCAAUGCAAGAAGAUCUGAUCUCGUGACAUUAAUUGAUAACAACCAUAAAGGGAUCGUGGCGUGA